AUGACAUCCCCGCGCUUUUCCAAUACCAUCCUCGUUCCAGGAACGAGCGGCCAGUCCCCCUCAGUGCAGACGCUGGGAGCGUUGGAUCAGCCAAGGAAGAAGCGACCCCAUCGGAAGAGUCGGAAGGGCUGUGAUGCUUGUAAGCGGCGCAAGGUCAAGUGUGAUGAGAGAGUACCGUGUACGAAUUGUUUGCAUCGGAAUGAGCAGUGUUUUCAGCCGCGUCAUAUCUCUGUUGCUAUUCCCGUCGUGGCUAAGGCGAUUGACCCGGUUCCGUGGAUCAACCUCAUGCAUCUUGAGCUGUUUCAUCACUGGGAUAAAGAAACACGACCGACCCUUGCAUUUCCGCAGAUCUGGCCGAUUGUCAUGCAGCAAGCCUUCCAUGAAGACUUUGUCAUGUCGGCCAUCCUCGAUACUUCAGCAAUGCACCUGUCUUCACUGUGCCCCCACGAGACUAGAUACAAAGAUGCUUCAGAGCAUCUGAUGGCCCAAAGCCGUCCAAGUAGUUUCGCAAGAACCUUCUCCCGUCCCGCUCAAUAA